AUGGCGGCCUCCAGCUGGGCGCGCGCGGCCGUGGCCUUGCUUUGUGCCUCUGACCUGUUGCUGCUGCUGCUGCUGCUACCGCCUCGGGUUUGCGCCAGUGGGGACCCGACCGGAGCACCCGGCGAGGCUACCCGGCCCCCGCGAAAGAAGAAGGAUAUUCGCGAUUACAAUGAUGCGGACAUGGCCAGGCUCCUGGAACAGUGGGAGAAAGACGAUGACAUCGAAGAAGGGGAUCUCCCUGAGCACAAAAGACCCUCGGCACCGAUUGACUUCUCCCAGAUCGACCCAGGCAAGCCUGAGAGCAUUCUGAAAAUGACCAAGAAGGGCAAGACGCUGAUGAUGUUUGUCACCGUCUCCGGGAGCCCCACGGAGAAGGAGACGGAGGAAAUCACCAGCCUGUGGCAGGGCGGGCUGUUCAAUGCCAACUACGAUGUCCAGAGGUUUAUCGUGGGCUCCGACCGGGCUAUCUUCAUGCUUCGAGACGGAGGCUAUGCCUGGGAAAUCAAAGACUUUCUCGUGAGCCAAGACCGGUGUGCCGACGUGACUCUGGAGGGGCAGGUCUACCCGGGCAAAGGAGGCGGCGGCAAAGAGAAGAACAAAACCAAGCAAGAGAAGAACAAGAAGAAGAAGGAGGGCAGCCUGAAGUCGCAGGCUUCAAAGGAAGCCAACCGAGCUGGGAGUGUGAGGGAAGACCUGUGACGGCCGCCCCGGGGCGCACGGCGGGGAGCCUCAGGGCGGGCGAGGCCAACUGCGUCCUGCUUGAAACUCAUCCCUUCUAGAAGGAUGAACUCACAACCAGCUUGUCCUGUGGUCACUAGCAGAAUAACCAUUGAGAAGACAGAAAUUUCCUAAUGAAAAUUGGGCACGGACAAGGUUUGCUACAGAAGUAUUUUCAAUGGAGACCUGAGUGUGUGGCUGGCUUUCCUCCCGCUCACCUCUGGCGAGCCCAUGGUUCCCCCACGGGCAGCAGGGCACUCAGACCACUCCCUCUCCAGUGCACCCGCCCUGUCGGAUGGGCUGCCGGCUCAGGGCUCUGCCUCUUUCCUCUGAGGCAAAAGGAGGCCACACUCUAGUCCGACUUCACGGCAUCCAUCAUCGUGCCGAGAACUCCUGCGUGGUACCUGGCGGCUUGUCCGAGGUCAGCUCUGUCUUGUGCUUGCAGUGUAAAUGGGAAUCGUCCUGUACAGGGUGCGGCAGAGACUGGAGAGCCUGCUUUAUUUCUAAGCCGUUUUCUUUGACGCCGGGCCUAAAACGGCGUCCGUCCAUAUGGUACUAACAGGACGUGCUGCCUGUUUUCGCAGCGCCCAAUAGCUGGGGCUGCCUCUGAAGAGAAGAGCUAAUGGCGCUGAUGUCCAGGGAUCAUUUGUAAGAACUAACACUGCGAGCAAUUUCCAUUGGGAGCCUAAACAGUGAAAUGUAGUAUGUGCAUGGAAGUGGAUAAUUUAAAUGGGGUUGAGGGGUGCAGAGUGAGAAAUGCCAGCUCCAGCCCUUUGUCCGCUGGAAGAGCCACUGUUAAAAAGAACAUUUUUAAAAAUACACUUAAACCAGCUUCUA